AUGGUAGACUUUGUGGGCAAAGCCAAAUAUGAUGCCUGGAACAAGCUUGGCCAGAUGUCAAAGGACGAUGCCCAGUUGGAAUAUAUAAAAUUGGUUAAUAAGUUGGCUGCAGAAGAAAGUCCUGUCACAGAUACAGAGUCAGGCACAAUGAAACGAUACAACCAGCUGCUUGUAACCAAUGAGAACCGUAUCUUUAAGAUUGUUCUGAAUCGACCAAAGAAAAAAAAUGCCAUCACCUUAGAAAUGUAUUCAGAGCUUUGUCAGGCAUUAGAAGAGGCUACAACAGCUGAUUGUUCAGUAGCAGUGAUCACAGGUGCCGGUGAUUAUUUCUGUAGUGGAAACGACCUCAGCAAUUUCACCAAUAUUGCUCCAGAUGAAAUCAGUACUAUGGCACAGAAAUCAAGCGUUGUCUUAAAUAGCUUCUCUCUCCUCCUUUUUUUCUUUCUUUCUUUUUCUUUUUUUUUUGAUCCACCUUCUCUCUCCUCCCUUUUCUUUUAUGAACUUCUUUCUCUCUCUUUUCUUUCUUUUUUCUUUCUUUCUUUAUUUUUUUCUUUUUCUUUUUUGAUCAACCUCUGGAGAUAUUAUCAUCCAGUUAGUAGCUUCUCUCUCCUUUUCUUUUUUUCUUUCAAGAAUUUUUCUUUUUUUGAUCAACUUUCUGAGAAGAUUAUCAUCCAGUUAGUAGCUUCUCUCUCCUCCUUUUUUUUUCUUUCUUUUAUUUUUUUUUUUUCUGGAGAUUUUCAUCCAGUUAGUAGCUUCUCUUUUUCUUUUCUUUCUUUCUCUUUUAUUCAACCUCUGGAAUAUUUCAUCCAAGAUUAUCAUCAGUUUAGCUUCUCUCUCCUCCUUUUUUCUUUCUUUCUUUCUAUUUUUCUUUUGAUCAACCUCUUUUAUUAUCAUCCAGUUAGACUUCUCUCUCCUCUUUUUUCUUUUUUCUUUUCUUUUCUGGAUUAUCAUCCAGUUAGUAGCUUCUCUCUCCUCCUCUUUUCUUUCUUUCUUUCUCUUUUUCUUUUUGAUCAACCCCUGGAGAGAUUAUCAUCCAAUAUUUCAUCCAGUUUAGCUUCUCUUUUCUUUCUUUUUUUCUUUCUCUUUCUCUUUUUUGAUCAACCCCUGAGAGAUUAUCAUCCAGUUUUAGCUUUCUCUCCUCCUUUUUUUCUUUCUUUUCUUUCUAUUUUUCUUUUGAUCAACCUCUGGAGAUAUUAUCAUCCAGUUAGUCUUUUCUCUCUCCUCCUCUUUGUUUUCUUUCUUUCUCUUUUUCUUUUUCCACUUCUCUCUCCUUUUCUUUCUUUCUUUUAUUUUUCUUUUUUUUCAACCUCUUUAUUAUCCUCUUUUUCUCUCUCCUAUCUUUUCUUUCUUUCUUUCUUUUUUCUUUUUUUCAACCCCUCAUUAUCAUCAGUUAGUAGCUUCUCUCCUUCUCUUUUUUCUUUCUUUCUCUUUUUUUUUUUUCUUUUUUUCCAGAAUUAUCAUCCAGUUAGUAGCUUUCUCUCCUCCUCCUUUCUUUUUUUUUCUUUUCUUUAUCAUCCAUUUUCUCUCUCCUCCUCUUUUCUUUCUUUCUUUUUUUUUCUUUUUCUUUCUUUCUCUUUUUUUUUUCUUUUUGAUCAACCUCUGGAGAUAUUAUCAUCCAGUUUACUCUUUUUUCUUUCUUUCUUUUCUUUUUCUUUUGAUCAACCCCUAAAUUAUCUUUUUUUUAGCUUUCUCUCCUCCUCUUUUCUUUCUUUCUUUCUCUUUUUCUUUUUGAUCAACCUCUGGAGAUAUUAUCAUCCAUUAGUAGCUUUCUCUCCUCCUCUUUUCUUUCUUUCUUUCUAUUUUCUUUUUGAUCAACCUCUUCCUUAUUAUCAUCCAGUUUCUUUCUCUCUCUCCUUUUUUUCUUUCUUUUCUUUAAACUCUUUUUCUUUUUCUUUUUUCUCAACCCCAGAGAGAUUAUCAUCCAAUAUUAUCAUCCAGUUAGUAGCUUCUCUCUCCUCCUCUUUUCUUUCUUUCAUUCUUUCUUUCUUUCUCUUUUUCUUUUUGAUCAACCUCUGGAGAUAUUAUCAUCCAGUUAGUUUUUUUCUCUCCUCCUCUUUUCUUUAUUUCUUUCUCUUUUUCUUUUUGAUCAACCUCUGGAGAUAUUAUCAUCCAGUUAGUAGCUUCUCUCUCCUCCUCUUUUUUUUCUUUCUCUUUUUCUUUUUUGAUCAACCCCUAGGAGAUUUCAUUUUUAGUUCUCUUCUCUCUUCUCUUUUCUUUCUUUCUUUCUUUUUCUUUUUGAUCAACCUCUGGAGAUAUUAUCAUCCAGUUAGUAGCUUCUCUCUCCUCUUUUUGCUUCUUUUUUCUCUUUUCUUUUUUUCGAGAGAUUAUCAUCCAGUUAGUAGCUUCUCUCUCCUCCUUUUUCUUUUCUUUCUUUUCUUUUUCUUUUGGAAUAUUAUCUUUCAAUAUUAUCUUUUCUUUCUUUUUCUCUCUCCUCCUCUUUUCUUUCUUUCUUUUUUUUUGAUCAACCUCUGGAGAUUUAUCAUCCAGUUUUUAGCUUCUCUCCUCCUUUUUUCUUUCUUUCUUUCUCUUUUUGAUCAACCUCUAGAGAUAUUAUCAUCCAGUUCCUUUUUCUCUCUCCUCCUCUUUUCUUUCUUUCUUUCUCUUUUUGAUCAACCCCUAGAGAUAUUAUCAUCCAUUAGUUUUUCUCUCUCUCUUUCUUUUCUUUUUCUUUUUUUCUUUUUUCUUUUUUUUAUUAUCAUCCAGUUCUUAUUUUCUCUCUCCUCUUUUUUUUUUUCUUUUUCUUUCUUUUUGAUGUUUCUUUUUUAUUUCAUUUUUUUAGUUCUUUCUCUCUUUCUUUCUUUUUCUUUCUUUUGGAAAUUUUUUUUCUUUUUUUUUUUCUUUUAUUUCAUUCAGUUAGUAUUCUCUCUCCUCCUUUUUUCUUUUUUUCUUUCUCUUUUUCUUUUUUCUUGGAGAUAUUUUUCAUCCACUUCUCUCUCCUUUUUUUCUUUCUUUCUUUCUUUUUUUCUUUUGAUCAACCUCUGGAGAUAUUAUUUUCCUCUUUUUAGGUUCUCUCUCCUUUUUUUUUUUCUUUUCUUUCUUUCAACCUCUCUUUUUUCAUCCAGUUUUCUUUCUUCUCUCUUUCCUCUUUUCUUUUUCUUUUCUUUUCUUUCUCUUUUUUCUUUUGAUUCACCUCUGGAGAUAUUUCAUCCUUUUAUUUUUUUCUCUCUCCUACUCUUUUUUUUCUUUCUUUUCUUUUCUUUUUUGAUCAACCUCUGGAGAUAUUAUCAUCAGUUAGUAGCUUCUCUCUCCUUUUCUUUUUCCUUUCUUUCUCUUUUUCUUUUUGAUCAAAGGAAAAUCAUCCAGUUAGUAGCUUCUCUUCCUCCUCUUUCUUUCUUUCUUUCUUUUAAAUUUUUUGAUUUUUAUGGAAUAAUCAUCAUUAGUAGCUUCUCUCUCCUCCUCUUUCUUUCUCUUUUUUUUGAAAAAUUAAGAUAUUUUCAUCCAGUUAGUCUUUCUCUCUCCUUUCUUUUCUUUUCUUUUUCUUUUGAUCAUUUUCUUGGAGAUAAAUUCAUUAUCUUUCUCUUCCUCCUCUUUUCUUUCUUUCUUUCUCUUUUAUUGGAGAUAUUAUCAUCCAUUAGUAUUAUUUCCUCCUCUUUUCUUUCUUUCUUUUCCUUUCUUUUAUUCAACCUCUGGAGAUAUUAUCAUCCAGUUAGUAGCUUCUCUCUCCUCCUCUUUUCUUUUUUUUCUUUCUUUUUCUUUUUUGAUCAACUCCUGGAGAGAUUAUCAAGUUUAGCUUCAUCCAUUCCUCUUUUCUUUUCUCUUUCUCCUAAAUUUUUCUUUCUUUCUUUUUUUCUUUUCUUUUUUUCAACCCCUAGAGAGAUUAUCAUCCAGUUAGUAUCUUUCUCCUCUUUUCUUUCUUUCUUUCUUUCUUUCUUUUAA